CUCUAGUUGUGGGAUAACGGUUAUAUAGAAGGGAAACUAUCGAGUCUAAAGUAGUGAAAUGUAUUUGUAGCUGAAACGCCCUGUGAAAACUGCCACGUGUUGGUGAAGAUCUGGAAAAAUUGGAAUUCCUGUGCACUGCUGGUAGGAAUACAAAAAUGGAAUGACCACAUAGAAUAUGUAUGGCAGUGCCUCUAAAAAAUUAAAUAUGCAGUUUCCAUAUGAUCCAUCAUGGAUAUAGACACAAAAUAAUUGAAAACGGAUCUGAAGAGGAUGUCUCGGGCAGUUCAGCUUCCAGUUCCCUGUCCCGUUCGGCUCGGUUCCUUCAAAGGUGACUCCUGGGAAGCUCAGCUUCAUGAACAUGUUAGAGAAGGGAGUUACCUAAAAGCGAAGAAGAUUCUUAAGAAAGGAAUUUAUGUUGAUGCAGUCAACUCCUUGGGCCAGACGCCGCUUUUCCUUGCAUCAUUAUUAGGCCUUACAAAACUAGUUGAUAUUCUGGUGGAUUAUGGAUCAGAUCCAAAUCACCGCUGCUUUGAUGGGAGCACCCCUGUGCACGCAGCAGCCUUUUCAGGCAAUCAGUGGAUCCUCAGCAAAGUGUUGGACGCAGGGGGUGACCUUCGACUCCACGACGAGAAGGGUCAAAGCCCGCAGGCCUGGGCCCUGACAGCCGGGAAGGAGUGCAGCACUAUGAUGGUGGAGUUCAUGCAUCGCUGCGCCUCACACAUGCAGGCCAUCGUCCAGGACUUCUCCUGUGACCUCCUGAAGAAGGUUGACUCCACUGAGCGGCUCAUCUGCAGCCUGCCCCGGUUCGGGGGCCUCAUGCAGGGAAGCCCGAAUGGCCCUUCUAAACGACCGCGUAAAACUGGAGUCAUUUCUGCCCAAAACAUCCACAGCUUUGGCUUUGGGAAGUUUUGUCUUUCAGCGAGGACACGGGUGACCUAUUUAGGAUCUCUUCCGAUCAUUGGAGAAAAGGAAAUAAUUCAAGCUGAUGAUGAGCCUGCCUUCUCUUUCUGCAGUGGCCCCUACAUGGUCAUGACCAACCUGGUGUGGAAGGGGAGCAGGGUCACAGUGAAGGAGCUGCAUCUCCCCACCCACCCGCACUGCAGCAAGCUGCGGCUGGCCGACUUGCUCAUUGCUGAGCAGGAGCACAGCAGCAAAUUGCGGCACCGCCACCUGCUGCAGCUGAUGGCUGUGUGCCUGUCCCAGGACCUGGAGAAGACCCGCCUGGUUUACGAGCGCAUCACCAUCGGCACACUAUUUAGUGUCCUCCAUGAACGGCGCUCCGAGUUCCCCCUGCUGCACAUGGAGGAGAUCGUGCACCUGCUGCUCCAGAUCUCCGACGCCCUGCGAUACCUGCAUUCCUGGGGCUUUAUCCACCGCGCCCUCAGCUCCUAUGCCAUCCACAUCGUCUCCACAUGGGAAGCGAGGCUGACCAACCUGGAGUACAUGCUGGAAAGCCAGGACAGAGAUGUACACAGGGACCUGACUCGAGUCCCCCUCCCGGCCCAGCUGUACAGGUGGGCUGCCCCAGAAGUUAUUUUGCAGAAGGAAGUCACAGUGAAGUCAGACAUCUACAGCUUUUCUGUGAUCAUACAGGAGAUUUUAACAGAUAACAUACCCUGGGAUGGCUUAGAUGGCUCAGUUAUUAAAAGAGCCAUAGUCGUGGGAAAUUAUUUGGAAGCUGACUUCAGGCUUCCAAAACCUUACUAUGAUAUUGUUAAGUCAGGCAUCCAGGUCAGACAGAAAGACCGAACUCUGAACCUUCAAGAUAUCCAGUAUAUCCUGAAGAAUGACCUAAAGGAAUUGAUUGGAGCCCAGAGAACUCAGCCAACUGAGAGCCCCAGGGUGCAGAGAUAUGAAGGCCAUCCUGAUGUCGGUGUCUAUCUAGGACUGACUUCAGAACAUCUGAAAGAGAACCCUGACUUGGAAAUAAAAGAGCUGAAGGAAGCGGGGACAGAGGCCUCCAGAGUGGUUCUCCAAGCUCUCACUGCUUUGGCUCCUCUGUCCUGUUCUCUGCGAGCUGUACACCAUCAACCAGGGGUGAUGGCUGGCAGUCAGCUCCAUUCACCAAGGAAUCCCAGCGAGAAGGCCACACCAGAUCCUCAGGUCCCGGAUCCCAGUCUGAUGGCCAAGGAGGCUCAGAGGCAAGAUGCUGCUCCUCCUGCUUGCUUUGUGGCCAGGAGCCCCAGCUCAGGGCCGUCAAGCCUUUGCAGCUUCGAAAUGAACGAAAUCUACUCCCGCUGCCUGGACACGGAAGGUGACAAAGAGAAAGAGCCCCCAGGAGUUGGUUUAUCUCUGGAGGGGGCCAGCCAAAACCAGGGAGGUGAGCUGACGUCCCUGGAAGAGGAGUUGGAAAAGAUGGAGAGAGAGGCAUGCUGCUUUUGUGAAAAGAGUGAGAGCUCUUCGGAAGCUGACACAGAGGUCUCCUUUGAGGACUGGGACCAGCAAAAUGGUUCACUUAGUUCCCCCAGCCCACCUAAGCCAGCCAGAGAAGCCAAGUGCAAGGUGAGCAAGUGGUCCAAGACCGACAUGUACAUCAGUAAGUGUAUACUAGAUGUAAAGAUCGCACAGGCAAUGGCGAACCAGAAUAAUGAGAAAAUCAAGCAGAAAUUCAACGAGUAUGAGAGGAGGCUGAAGGAGCAGGAGGAGUGCAUGUCUCUGUGGGCUUCUUCAAGAAUGUUUCCUAACCUCUCUCACUUGCCUGCGGCGGUGGGCCCCCCAUCUUCCGUUUAUAUUCCUCCUGUCUUGCCAAGCCAGAGGCCAGAUGCGGGUGGCAAUUGCCCGACCCUAGCAAGGUUUCCAAGAACAGUGAGAGACUUUCAAGGGGAACAUUUUGGCAGAAGGUCCAGGGGAAGAAGUAGCUGUGACUGGAAACCUUUUACUGCUUUCAUUCAAGUCUCUGAAGAAAGCACUGGGGAUUCAUCAGAAAAAAGCCAUCAGAGCCCAGGUGAACAAUUCCAGCCCACUCAAGGAGCCAGAGACAGUUCGGAAGGAAACAGAAACCAAAAUACUUGCAGCCAGGGACAGCCUGGAGAGUCCAGUGCCCAAGCCAAAGUGGCACAGCUGAAUAGUUCACUCUUCACCAUGUCAAACCACCCAAAGGGACCACCAGUGACAGCCACCCCUGUUCAGGGUUCUGCCAGGAUCAACAUGGAAUCUGUGUCUUCUGAAAUAUAUAAUACAAAGUCAAGAAAUAAUGAAGAUGUUGGAAAGGGACACUUAAAAUGGAAAAUGGAGGUUAAAAAAAUGGCGGAGAAAGCAGCUGCUGGACAGCUGGCUGUACCUCCUUGGCAUCCUCAGAGUAGUUCGACUUUAGAGAAUGAGGCUGAGGCUGAAAACGAGCCUGAUCCCUUGCUGCAGCCUCCCAUUAGGGACGCUGAGAAUGUGACUUGGCGGCGCGUUGUAGAGUAUUCCAGGGAAAAUGCGCCAGGAGGGAAUGGCAAGCGUGACAAAACCGACAGUGGUGACCGUGAGGACGACCAGCGUGGCAGACAGCCUGGAAGCUUCCCCAGUAUCAGUCACCCGUCCCCCAGAAAAAGUGAGGAGCCAGAGCAUAGUGAAGUCUUUCAAGCACGUUCUGAAGCGUCUGUGGUCACUGAGAAAUCUUGCAACGAUCAGUCCUGGCCAUCAAUUGGUUCACCGGAGUCUUCGGAGGACAUAAGAAAUGAAUUUUUAACACCAGACAAUGAGUAUUCUUACUCCCCAACGGCUCAAGAAAACUUAGCUCUAGAGACCUCAAGUCCCAUAGAAGAGGACUUCGAAGGAAUGCAAGAGGCAUUUGCUCAAUGUCAAGUCUCUGGUGAGGGAAAGGUCCAAACGAGACAAAGCUUUGGAAAGGAUGCUGAGGUUUUGACCAGGUCUCAAUUCCAACCUAUACAAAGUCCUGAAGGUGAACAAGAGGAGACGUUAAAGGAGUCACCCAAGGAACUGAAAGAGAAAGACAUAUCAUUGACAGACAUUCAAGACCUGUCUAGUAUCUCCUAUGAACAAGAUGCUUCUUUUAAGGAAGUCUCAUGCAAAACACCCAGAAUAAACCAUGCGCUUCCUAGUGUCAGCACUCCACUCAGCCCAGAGUCAAUUUCUUCAUCUGAUAGUCACUAUAAAGACUGCCUUGAAAGCUUCACAUUUCAGGAUAAAACAGGGUCUACCUCGUGCUGGAGCUAUCAGGAAUCCACUUUGUCUGAUAAAUUUACAACUGUCCAGGAGAAAGUAAAGAGCCUAGAGUCCCUUUUUGCUUCCUCUGAAACUCUCCCUUCAAGACUGACUGAUCACAAAAGAUCAUCUACAUUUACUAGGACUGGUUCCUCCAGAAGUGCUAAGGUGCCUGACAAAUCAUCCCUUGCCAUCCAGAAAAGGAGCCUGCCAAGAGAACUAAUAGAAGCCAUCUCGCAGCAUCACAUUGACAAGCUACCACCUCCAUCUCAGGAGCUACUUGAUGAAAUUGAGCACUUGAAGAGGCAGCAGGCCUCAUCCGCAGUGUUGGGUGAGGACCCAGCAAAUCCUCUGGGCGUUACUGCAAAAGAUCAAAGUCAUUUAGAAGAACAAGAAACUAGCAGUACAAAAGAAGAUAGCAGUGUGCUUUGGACCCAAGAAACUCAGGGUCUAGAAGAGGACACAGAAAGAGCUCACUCUUCUCUCGAUGAGGACCUGGAAAGAUGGCUACAGCCACCUGAGGACAUCACAGUGCUACAGGAUCUCCCCAAGGGCUCUGCAAGGGAGACAAAUACCAAGGAUCAAGAAGUUGGUGAAAAGAAGAGGAAAGUGGAAGAAGGCAUGAAACCAGAGAGGACAUCAGAGAGCUUUCUAGGGGCUUCUAAAGAAGAGGAACUGAAAUCUUGUUUUGGGAAGCGACUGAGUUGGUCAGAACCAUCCAGGAUAAUCGUACUGGAUCAGAGUGACUUGUCAGACUGACCGGAACCGGAUCAUAGAUGGACUCCUGGUCCGAGUUUAAGCACCUGCUUGUGAGCUCCCUUCUCCCUGGUCUGCUUCAGUCACCUUUAGAGUAAUGGAUCCCUAAUUCACACUUUGUUCAGCUGCCACAAUAGACAUGAAGACUUUGGUCCUAUCUGUUUAUAGCACAUGUAACCAUUUGUUUUUGUUUAUGUUUUUCAGAGAUAUAUUUUGAGCUUUUAUUUUAGCACAGCAGUUGUAAUCAAUUGUUUUCAGUUAGAUAUCUGAAAAGUGAAAGGUAGUGUUGUUGACUGUAAAAAUCUCUCAUUGUGUUCAGAAUGGCUUUGGUUUUAUUGACAUAGAUUUUUGAAAACUUGUACUUCUGUUAGGUAAUAAAAUGUUUACUUUUAAUAGCA